AUGUCUGAAAUCCUCGGCGUCGUCGUUCUCGCUCGCAACGGUGAUCGCACCGCGUACUACCAAGAUCCUAGUACUUACUCCUACUCCGCUACGGAGACAACCGCUCUCGGCGAGGCUGACUCGCACCAACUGGGCGCCUUACUUCGCUCCACUUACUUCUCUAGUUCCUCUCCCUCUUUCAUCAAAGGGAUCAGCUCCGAAAUCGUUGAUAACAAUGAAGUGAAGGUCCGCGUCAAAGCCGGGGGCGAAGGAACUGUUGUCUUCGACUCUGCCAUCGCUCUCCUCCAAGGCCUAUUCCCCCCCAACCCGAAGAACAAGAUUGUUCUUGCUAACGAGACCACUGUCAUCGCCCCUCUCGGCGGCUACCAAUACGUUCCAGUCGAAACUGUCGAACCAGGAAACGACCGUUCUUUGGAAAGUUGGACCGAUUGCCCUGCAUUCCAACAACAUGUCGCAGAGUUCCACGCCUCUGACGCGUUCAAGACCAAGGCUAAGGAAGCCGCCGGCUUCUAUGCCAGCGUCAAAGACUUCGUCUUCGGACGUCCCACCACAUUGGAAAAUAGCAUCUUCGAUUUCGUCAACACUCAGUUGACCCACAACAAAACUUAUGCUCACCGUCUUCCUCCUACUUUCGUUGAGCAGGCUCGAGGCUAUGCCGACUGGCACGAAGCUGGUGUCUUCUCAGACGACCAAAUCAAUGGCAUCGGCAACAUCGCUGGUCGUACGGUGUUGCACGCGAUUAUCAGCUCUCUGGAGCGGAUUGCUUUCAAUGGAGACCCUCUCCAGUUCUUGCUCAUCCAGACUACUUACCAACCAUUCAUUUCUCUGCUUCACCAAUUCGAGGUCAUCAAAGACCACCCUCAACUCAACGCCAUUCCUGACUAUUCGUCCGCUCUCGCUAUCGAGCUCCGUCGCGGUCCUCCUCCCGAAUCUCGUGAUUUCAUCAGGCUCAAGUUCAAGAACGGAACCGCAGGCGCUUGGGAAGUCCUCCAUGUCUUCGGCCAUCACGCAGACAUCCCAGUAACGGAGUUCAUAUAUCGUGCCGAGAACGCAGCUAUUACCAGCAACAAGGAGUGGCGUCAAGUUUGCUCCGGCAAGUCAGUUGGCCUCCUUGAGGCCGCUACCGGAAACGACAUCCAGUCCGCAUUCGCUGGCGCGUUUGCUUUCGUCUUGUUACUCGGUCUUUUCGCGGUCUCCAAGAUGAUCAAGAACUCCAGAGCCAAGGCCCGUGCAUCCCGCGUGCGACUUGAGGGUGGUGAGAAUGUUCCAGUCGUGGUCGUCGAGAAGACUAGGUAUGUCUAA